GCAUCACCAGUCGCUUGCUACCACUUUGAGUACUUAGCUAGCAGGUUGUUGUUCACCUUGGGUAAUAUCAUUGCUCUUUCGGGUAUAAAUUCUUGGAGAUAUUCGAAUUUGCUCUUACUUUGUGGUUCAACGAGAAGCAGCGCUCUUCGAUUUGCGGUAACUGCACAACGAAACACAUAAAAAUGCCGCGAUUCGAACAAACAUUUGUAUUGAUCUGUUUGCUCUCAGGAUUUGUUUAUGUUUCGGGAAUGGAUUGUUCUUUUGGAUCUAGUUCCAACUUUAUAGAAAAGACACUGAAGUCAUGUCCAGGAAUUCUUGAUUCGUCUGACGAAAGCUACUGUUGCUACGAUUGGAACCAACAUUAUCGCUGUUGUACCUUGGAGGACUUUGGCAAAAACGCUGCCACUGUUAUUAUUCCUAUUGUAAUUGGUGUGCUUAUACUCGUUGGACUGAUAGGAUGCUGCGUUUGCUGUUUAUGCUGCAAAUGCUGCCCAUGGUAUCGUCGUCGUCACCAAGGCACUGUCUAUGGCACAAUCCGGACACCUAUUAUUCAAGUAAUUGAGCAAACAAAUCUCCCGCCGAGGUAUCCUUGUAGUCAACCAGCUCAAAACCAAUACGUUCCGUUUCCAACUCAAUCAACCGGUGUGGCUGCAUCACCAAUUGUAAACGAAGAGUAUGCCAAACAGGCCCCAUACAAUCCUACUUACACAGCACAAUAAGUGAUCUAAAUUUUAGUUUUGUGUAAUAACGAUAAACGUGAACUUUAGUGAUAAGUUUGUUAUCUUCUUCUUAUCUUCGUCCGGAGGAUAAGUGUCAGGAUUUUUAUCAGUGUAUUAUAAUACAGCGAAGAAUUAUAUAUCACACUUCAACCUGCCAUCAUUUAUAACAAUUACGACGCGCGUAUACAAGUCACAUAAAUGAUUACAAGCUAUUGUAUCAAAAUCUAUUAAUUAGAGAUACUCGCGAAAUCCUUUAUGCGAUUUCGUCUUAUACACAUCUGUGAAAGCGAUUUUCUAUCAGGCUAUAUAGAUGGUCGCAGAAAAAUUUGCAAGAAGAAAUUGCGCGACGGAGUCUCCAUAUUUCGAUCUUCCUAGAAAAAAUACAAUGUAUCGUACUUUUAUUAUAUACAUUUACAUAUGUUUGUUAGUAAAUAUUUUUCUUCUCAACUGUUUUGUACAAAUAAAUUCUACAUUAUAACAAACGGAAUAAAAAUACUCUUGAUGAAACGUGAAUUAAAAAAAAGAGUGUGAAUGUAAAUAUAUAUAUAUAUAUAAUAUAUAUAUAUUAUUCUAUCGAUGCAAUGUUAUAUAGUACUGAAGUAUGUCAUUGUUA